CGGCCGCGGCGCUCCCCGUGCCCGGGAUGCGUCCGGCGGCGGAGUGCCGGCUGCUGGCAGGAGCCGGGGGCAGGCGGGCGGGCAGGGGGGCUCCCGCCGCCGCCGCGGCUCGGCGCCGCCGCCGCGGCUGGGAUUAGGCUCCCACUGGGCUGCGAUGCGGAGCGGCGGGGCGGGCGCGGCGGGGCCCAGCGGGAGGGCGCGGGGGACCGCCAGGCGCUGAGGCGGGCGGCGGGCGCGGAGCCCCGGAGCUCUCCAGGGUGCUGGGAGCUGCCCGCCCGCCCGCGGGGAGCCGCGCCGCCCGAGCCCGCCGAGCCGCGCCGCCGAGCCCCUCCGAUGCCUCCGACACCGCCGCUCCCGGGCUCCGCCGCGUCUCCGAGCAGCAUGGCCCGGAUUAGGUACCUCCGCGCCGCUGUCUCGGGGUUUUAUCUGUGGGAAGCUGCUGUACUGCUCAGCUUGGUAGCCACAAAGGAAACAGACAGUGCAAGAUCUCGUAGCAUGCCAAUGUCGCCAUCCGAUUUCCUGGAUAAGCUGAUGGGCAGGAUGUCAGGCUAUGAUGCGAGGAUCAGACCAAAUUUCAAAGAGACAACCAUGGAUUAUCGAGUGAACAUCUUUCUCCGUCAGAAUUGGAAUGAUCCACGCCUCGCAUACAGUGAAUAUCCAGAUGACUCUCUAGAUUUAGAUCCGUCCAUGCUGGAUUCAAUUUGGAAACCUGAUUUGUUUUUUGCUAAUGAAAAAGGUGCCAACUUUCAUGAAGUUACAACAGAUAAUAAGUUGUUGCGGAUUUUCAAAAAUGGAAAUGUACUUUAUUCCAUCAGAUUGACUUUAAUACUUUCCUGUCCGAUGGAUCUCAAAAAUUUUCCAAUGGAUGUGCAAACAUGUAUAAUGCAGCUGGAAAGCUUUGGAUACACAAUGAAUGAUCUCAUUUUUGAGUGGCAAGAAAAGGGAGCGGUUCAAGUUGCAGAAGGUCUCACUCUGCCACAGUUUCUGUUGAAAGAAGAAAAGGAUUUAUGUUACUGCACCAAGCAUUACAAUACAGGAAAGUUUACGUGUAUUGAAGUCCGAUUUCACCUUGAGAGGCAGAUGGGUUACUAUCUCAUCCAGAUGUACAUACCGAGCCUCUUGAUCGUGAUUCUCUCCUGGGUGUCAUUUUGGAUCAAUAUGGAUGCAGCUCCAGCCAGAGUGGCUUUAGGCAUAACAACUGUACUGACCAUGACAACACAAAGCUCAGGUUCACGAGCAUCUCUUCCAAAGGUGUCAUAUGUCAAAGCCAUUGACAUCUGGAUGGCAGUGUGUCUGCUCUUUGUAUUUUCUGCACUUUUGGAGUAUGCAGCUGUAAACUUUGUGUCAAGGCAGCAUAAAGAACUUCUGAGAUUCCGACGCAAGAGGAAGAAGAGCAAGUAUUUUGAGGGAGUUCUUGAUGGAAAAGAAAUCAGUGAAUCAUUACAGCAUAGCAAUGGCUUGAGAUGUACAGGACGUAUAGACGGGACUUUGCCUCAAAUCUACAGUACAAAUUUAAGGGAUGAUGAUACACGUGAUAGUCAGUUUAGCAUUACAGCAUAUGGAGUGGGCCCAUGUGUGCCAGCAAAAGACGGAAUGACACAAAAGGGGCCAAAUAAUCCUGUUCAAGCUGUACCAAAAAGCCCUGAUGAGAUGAGAAAGGUAUUCAUUGACCGGGCCAAGAAGAUAGACACAAUAUCCAGAGCUUGUUUCCCAUUAGCCUUUCUGAUUUUCAACAUUUUUUAUUGGGUAAUCUACAAAAUCAUCAGGCAUGAGGACAUUCACCAAUAACAAGAUUAAGGCUUGCAGUACAUAAAGAUCUGGCUGUCACACUCAACAGGAGGCUUCUUGUUAGAAAUGCACAUCAGAGGAGUGAUCAGAAGAGUUAAAAUGAGGGGGAGAAAAAGGAUCCUGCACAGCCUGCAAUGACCAGCUACAGUGGGAUGGAAGAAUGACACCCAGAGAAGAUACAUCUGCUAUUACAAACUUUCCUUGUCAAACUAAAUAUUAAUAACUUUUUCAUUGAAAAUCACUCUCUACUGAAGCUUUACUGCCAAGUAUUUAUACAUACUGUUACAUAGUGGUAUAAAUGUACAGUAUUCUUUGAUGGUCCUUAAAUUUUUUAAAUUCUGGUGUAUUUUUAAUUUUAAAAAUGUUUCCAGGAUACCCUAGGUAAAUCCCACAGUAUUACAGAACAGAUUAGUGUUUGUAAGCUUUAUUUUAAUUUUACAAUAUAAUGAGAAAUUUCUGAUUGGACACAACAGUUUAAAUGACUUGAUCUAGUCUUAAGGACAGUACUGGUGGUUUUGCAAUGAACAUAUUUAACACAUUUAAGUCAUAUAAUUUAUUCAAUGUACUUCAAAUUACUGUUCCCCUGGAGGGUGUAUGUUGAAAUAAUCUCAGACAGCACAAAGUAAACAGCCUAACAGUCUUCAUAUCAUAUGAUAAAUACAUUAAAAUUUGUAAAAUAUUAAUUCCUGUAAAGGAUUUUUUUCAUUUAAUUACUUAUACAUUGAUAAUUUAAACAUAUUUUUUUAAUAUUUUUUAUAUUUUUAAGUGGUUUCUUUCUCAAUUCAUAAAACUCAUACAGCUUGUGAAAUAGACAAAUUACAUCAAAAUUUUGCAAUGCUUCAUUUUGAUUCAAUGCAAAGAGAUCUUGGACCAAAACUGAAAGCAAAGAGUCAACUGCUUCACUGAAGCAUUUGGAGGAUGAAUACAGUUAUGUUUAUGCACAUUCAUCUCCUAUAUAUUACAUAAUUACAGGAAGUUUAAUUUAUGAAUGUGUCAAAUUUUCUGACUCGUUCUUUGAAGUUUAUUAAUAUGACUUAGAUACUGGUUAAGAAGCACUUUACAACUUCGGAAAAACAUGCAGCUGUUCUAAAACAUAAAAAAAUACCUGGAUGGUCCUUUACAUUUACUGUAUUUCACAUUAAUAAAUAGCAGAACAACUAUUAAAACUCUUAGAAAGAUCUUCCCUGUUUAGGUUUAAAUAAGUCAUAGUAGUUACUUCUUAAAAUUGUAACACCAUGGAUCACAUUUAUGGCUUAGUGUCUAGGCAAGAGUAAUUAAUUUUGUCAAUCUCUUGGCAAAACAAAACCUUGGUAAGAUGUGGAAAUAUAGCAUUUAGAAUUAUUAGAUACUCUAAACCCAGUAGGUGAGGCCGAUUCUCAUUGCAAAAUAUUUUUAUUUUGAACAUGUUUAAAAUGUGUGCUUUGUUGAUGAUCAGAAUGUGUGUAGAAAAGCAGAAUCAGCUGGAGGCAAACAUCUGGUGCACUGCCGAGGGCAUGGUGCAUAUGAAGUAACAGAAGCAGUGGAACUCUGCAUUAGGGAUUGUAACAUAGCAACCUUGGGUUUGGUUUCAUUUGUUAUUGUUUUCCUCCAAGGAUUAGUUAGAGAGUUUCUCUAAUAGUAGCUCUCACAUUUUGUUAAACUGCAUCAGAAGGAACAUGUAUAAUCCACCUUCCUUUUAAAACUAUUAUUCUUUUCUAGUUUUUCUUCAUUUAUAUCUAAAAUCAAUUCACUCUUUGGCUUUUUUUUCUGAUACCGUGUCUGCUCUCUCUCAAAGUUAGGGUUAGUUUUAUUGUAUGGAAAGGGAUGUUAACUUGUUUCUGUUAUCAGCAAAAUCAACUGUACUUAGUUUAAGGGCUGUUUUCAAAUGCAUAUAACAUUUGGCAUGUGAUUCUGUUUUGAUACAAUGGAACCAAGAUCUCCCUGGAGCUGAUGGUUUUGGGGACUUUUUUAAUGGAACCAAAACAUUUGCCAAGGCCAGAAGCCUCUGUAGUCCACUAAUAAUGUGUCUUUCAAAAGAAAUCAGAACUUUAAAGUUAAGUUCAUUUAGAUUAUUCCUAAAUUACUUAAUAUAAAGUCACAUAGUAGAGAAAGCGAAAAAUGUCAUUUAAGAUGAUAAGAAGCUUCAAGGCAAAAAUGCCUGCUAUUCACCACUGACAUUGGGAAUAGUCCAAAACUGCCAGCAAAGCUGGAAUCAACAGUUACCAACACCAGCUAAGAUUAGUGUAAGAGAUGAUUUUUUUGCACUUUGUAUAGUGAAGCAGCAGGAAAUGAUGUUAAGAUACAAGAAUUGAAAGGUACUCCACAGUAUUUAUCAGACUGCAGUAUUUAUGCUACACUUCCAGGAAAGAGGCAGUGGAAAUGCAGAAAAAAAUCAAGGAAAUAAUGCUUGAGGCAAAUGGUAUCUAGCAGGGUUUCUCCUGCAUAUAAAAAAGACCCCAUUCAUUAGGCAGAAGAAGUUAGCUACCUCACUUCACUGUCACUGGACCUGGGCUCUGCAGAGGACAAGUCCUUGGCAAAGCCACACCAGAAGGCUUCUCAUAAGCACAAACCCCGUGUGACAGGCUAAUGCAGCUUUGUCCCAAGUCAUCAUUCACCGUAGGUGCAGACCCUGUACUUCUCAGGUCAUGUUUUUGUGAUUUCUGUAGACCAGCCCUAUACAUCAGAAAUUAAAUACUGGCACUAGAAGGACAUUGUAACACAAUGAGAACAGAGGGAGACACAGUAGGAUCUGGGAGAAUAUCCCAGUAAAACAGCUACUGAGGAGCUGACACAGUCACCAUUAAGGGGAAAAGAAAAGAUGAGGCACUCUUAGUAUUUUUCCCAAUCUCUCAGUGUCUCCAUAGGUGCACUGGUUCAGGUGGAAGCAGUAGCUACAGGGGGAAACAGUUUAUAUCAUCUGCUGCAAAGUUUAUAUUGUUUUGUGACAGUAGUUUCUACCUGUGCAGAUUGACUUCCCCACCAUCCUCUUUUCUUGGUGGAAAGAGAAGCAGAACAGGAAGAUACAGGAUGAAAAGUCUGGGCUGGGCAUAGCAGAACAGGGGCCAUAGGGAGAGAGAAACCCCAAAGCAGUGCCUGGAACCUCUCACAUGACUGUCUUUUCAUUCUGCACUAAAGAGAGGUGUGGCCGAAUCCAUGUCACCCCUCAUAAGGCAAAAAACUUCAGUACCUUGAGAGAGGAGAAGAAAAGCCUCUUAGAGGUGCAGUAGAAAUACUCAACUACUACCAUACCAAACUCCUGCUUAAAUUCCAAACAGCAAAAUGCAUUUUAUUUUUAAAACUAUAUUCAAAUAUCAGCACAAUAGGCUUCCAUGGUUAGAGGGAUGGUUUUUUUCUCUAUAAUGCUGAUAGACCAUGGGAGACUUGAAGAUGAAAGGAAAUAAGGAAUACUAGGAUUUUACUACUUAGCUAUUUUAACACAUAAAGUACAUUUUACUUUCAAGGAGUUUUUACAGCAAGCAGUAUUAUUUAAACAGGUUAGUAUAAUUCAGGAAAAACAGAGCAUUUACUUAAAAUUUAAUUAUUUUUUCAGCUCAAUCAUACAUUAGUUUUCUUUGGAUUCCUUUUCUUAUAGUUCAUUCCAAAAUCUGCUUUAUAAAGGAUCAUUUGUGAUGUGUGAGAGAUGGUUCUGUCACUAGACAGAAAUAAUCUAGGUGAUUAAAUGUGCACUUUACAUUUAAGGCGUGAGGUAUUGCUUCCAUUUUGUGUAUAGUCCUUUACAGGUCUGUAGAAUGAUAAUGUAGAUAAAGAUAGAAUAUAAUAAACUCUACAAAACCUUAUAUUUUUUAACAGUAGGGAAAGAUAAAAAGUCUUCCUUAACCUUAGAAAAAAAAAGUAUUAUUUUCAGCAAUAAUUAUAUAGUAGAAGGAAAUUAAUUUAUUUAUACCAUUCCCAGCCCAAGCUGACAUGGUUGGUUGCAAAAGAUACACUUUUUGUGCAACUUCUGCUCUUGUUUGAGCUAUAAUGGGAAUUAAUCUAAUCCAACACAAUAUAAUUUGGUUUUAAAAUGUGAAAUUGCUGAAGGAGCUAGUAACACACACAGUACCCCUGUGAGGUAGUAAAAUAACUUUAUCCACAUCUUACUGUACAAUCAUAUGGUUAGAUGAGUACUAUAUCAGAUUUCACAGCUUUUUUCCUUUUUGAGACAGCUAAGAAUAAUAUAAAUCUCAAACCAGACUACUUGUUAGUAAUAAAACGGGUGUUCUGUUUUGGAGUGGUUUCAGAAAACAUGUCUUCAGGCAACAAUCACCUCCAGUAAUUACUGAAGUACUAUCAGUUUGGAAGGCUUGUGGAAGCAGGUUAGAUUGCUAGAAGCAGUGGAUUAAUGCCAGAAAAAGUGUUGGCUCAUCCUGUCUUCUUGACAUUCUCGAAUAUUACUGCACUUCUUCACUUUCAUCUUUGUGAAAUAUGCAAGAAACAUUUCUUAUGUUUGUAUUUUAAUGUGUGACAGAGUGAUACUAACAGAUGAAAUGGACUAAAGUAGCUACUGGUUUUCCAUGAACGUGGAAUUGUGAGCUGUAUAAGAAGAAAUUGCGCCAUAAGCUUUUGACAUAAAGGUUUAACAUAGUAUAGAGUAUUUUGUGUGUUAGUGAACCUGGCUUUUUAAAGGCUACAGCAAGAAAAACAGAAAAAAAGUGAUAUGGUAGUGUAUUAAUAAUUUGUCUGUGAGUUUUCAAAAUAUUCUCCUGUGAGUUCUCUCUGACAGCAAUUUCAUCUCAAAGUACUUCCUUUUUACGUAGAAAUCUAUAAAUGUGUUGUGCAUGGAUUUGAUUAGAUUCCUUUUCAUUGUAUUACAGUAUCAUAUUGCACUUAAACUGACAUUCUCUGCAGUCAGAAGAGUUAAAAAUGUGAAAUUUAUGGUGUCACCCAUGUCAUUGUAGAUAUUUUGUUCAAAGAAAAAUAAACUUAUCUUUUUUCAGAAA